GUCCCCCUCGCUAACAGGUCCGCUUGCAUUAGUUCCGGUUCCGUCUGCUUCCGGGCACGUUCUUGUUGCAUCAGCAUCUGCCGGUUAGCUCUGUGUUCAUCAUGUCGAGCUCAGGAGACUCAGCUGUGGAGUUUGGCUCCUGGCUGCAGAUCAGGGAGGAAGCUGCGCUGACAGCCGCCCUGAACGACUACCUCAGCGGUCGCAGCUACCUGGCGGGGUUCAGCCCCUCCCAAGCUGACCUGACAGCCUUUAGGCUCCUCCACAGGCCGCCCGAGCCGCAGCACGUCCACGCUCUGCGCUGGUACAGGCACAUUCAGCUGCAGCCGGAGCUGAGCGCAGACGCAGACAGCAGCACCAAAGGGAAGCGGCUCCAACCCUCCUGGUCUCCACCAGCAGGAGGCGAUGUUCCCCAGCUUCGGCUCUACAACAGCCUGACCAGAACUAAGGAGCCGUUUUUUCCUCAGAGAGGGACCAGAGUGACGUGGUACUGCUGUGGACCCACAGUGUACGACGCCUCACACAUGGGACACGCCAGGUCCUACAUUUCCUUUGACAUCCUCCGAAGGAUCCUGAGGGACUACUUCAAGUACGACGUCUUCUACUGCAUGAACAUCACAGACAUAGAUGAUAAAAUCAUCAGAAGGGCCCGACAGAACCACCUGCUGGACCAGUACCAGGAGAAGAGACCGGCUGCAGCUCAGAUCCUGCAGGACGUCCUCAGUGCCAGGGGGCCCUUUCAGGACAAACUGGCUUCCACCACGGAUCCAGAUAAGAAGCAGAUGCUGGAGCGGCUGGACGCCGCCGUGGCCACAGGCCUGCAGCCGCUGCAGGCGGCCGUGGACCGCGGCGCUGCAGACGGCGAGCUGCGGCCGCUGGCUCAGGCGCUGCUGGAGAACUCCAAGGAUCUGCUGGCUGAGUGGUUGGACCAACAGUUUGGAAGUCAGAUCACGGAUAAUUCCAUCUUCUCCAGCCUUCCUAAAUACUGGGAGGGGGAGUAUCAUAGAGACAUGGAGGCCCUGAACGUUCUCCCUCCAGAUGUCCUGACGCGUGUCAGCGAAUACGUCCCUGAGAUUGUGGAGUUUGUAAAGACCAUCGUCUCCAACGGUUACGGGUACGAGUCCAACGGUUCCGUUUACUUCGACACCGCCAAGUUUGAAGCGAGUCCCCAACACUCGUACGGCAAACUGGUUCCAGAGGCAGUGGGCGAUCAGAAAGCUCUACAGGAGGGAGAAGGCGACCUGAGCGUCUCUGCAGACCGGCUCACUGAGAAGAAGUCUCAGAACGACUUUGCUCUGUGGAAAGCCUCCAAACCCGGGGAGCCGUCCUGGGACUCUCCGUGGGGAAAGGGCCGUCCAGGCUGGCACAUCGAGUGCUCGGCCAUGGCCGGGUCCAUUCUGGGCGAGUCCAUGGACAUCCACGGCGGCGGGUUUGACCUGCGCUUCCCUCAUCACGACAAUGAGCUGGCUCAGUCCGAGGCCUUCUUUGAGAACGACCACUGGGUGCGCUACUUCCUGCACACGGGUCACCUGACCAUCGCAGGAUGCAAGAUGUCCAAGUCUCUGAAGAACUUCAUCACAAUAAAGGACGCGUUAGCCAAGAACACAGCUCGUCAGCUCCGGCUGGCUUUUCUGAUGCAUUCCUGGAAAGACACCCUGGACUACUCGUCCAACACCAUGGAGUCGGCCAUCCAGUACGAGAAGUUCAUGAACGAGUUCUUCCUGAACGUGAAAGACAUCCUCCGCGCUCCGACCGACCUCACGGGGCGCUUUGAGAAGUGGGAGGCAGCAGAGGUGGAGCUCAACAACAGCUUCUGCAGCAGGAAGGCCGCCGUCCACCAGGCUCUGUGCGACAACGUGGACACCCGCAGCGCCAUGGAGGAGAUGAGGGUGCUGGUCGGUCACAGCAACAGCUACAUCGCCGGCAGGAAGGCCGCCAAGCUAAGGCCCAACCGCACACUGCUGGAGAGCAUCGCCGCCUACCUCACCAGCAUGCUGAGGGUUUUCGGUGCUAUUGAAGGAUCUGAGCCCAUCGGGUUUCCUGUUGGAGGACAGGCUCAAAGUGUGGAUCUGGAAGGCGCGGUGAUGCCGUACCUCACCGUUCUGUCGGACUUUAGAGAAAAGGUCCGGAAAAUCGCCCGGGAACAGAAAGUAACCCAGCUGCUGCAGCUCUGUGACGUUGUCCGGGACGACACGCUACCAGAACUGGGGGUCCGACUGGAGGAUCACGAAGGUCUCCCCACUGUGGUGAAGCUGGUGGAUAGAGAGACAUUAUUGAAAGAGAGAGAGGAGAAGAAAAAGCUGGAAGAAGAAAAGAAAAAGAAAAAAGAAGAAGCUGCCCGGAAGAAACAGGAGCAGGAGAUGGCCAAACUAGCCAAGAUGAAGAUCCCUCCAUGCGACAUGUUCCGCUCUGAAACCGACAAAUACUCUCAAUUUGAUCAAACUGGUUUUCCUACGCAUGACGCUGAAGGGAAAGAGCUGAGCAAAGGACAAGCCAAAAAGCUGCGGAAGCUGUUUGAGGCUCAGGAAAAGCUGCACAGCGAGUAUCUUCAGAGGAUCCAGAACGGCGGACUGUCUGCCUUCCACACUGCACCAACAGCCACAGAAUAAAUGUUGGUAGAUGUUGCUGCAUCUGUGGGUUGGUUUGGAUCUGGUCUUUCCAGGGUUUUCGCGGUGACUUUUUUUAAAUGGAGAAAAAAAUCUGGAAUGGAGGAGAAACUCUUCUCAACCUUUUCUGCAUCCCAUGGGCCAGAACUCCUACUCUUCUCUUUCUUCAUUGCAGCUGUCUGAUGACAUGAGACGUUCUGCAGCAGGAAGUAGCUUCCACCUUUGAUUUCAGCCCUACGUAGCUCAGCUUUGUUGUUUGAAGAUGUGCCGGUUCUUCUGCAUCAGUUCAGAGGCGGGAGGAGCCGGGCUGCUCUUCCAACUUCCCAUAAUAACCGACUGAUUAUUUUCCAUCAUCAGGUGGCCAACAGGUUUUGUUCCAUUCACUUCUUCUCAUUGUUGAAAUGUUGAAGGUUAGACUGAAUGAAAGUGUCAGGCAGUAGGACCCAGAGGCUUCCUCCUGGUGAUGUCACUCUGACAUUUUCCAUGUGCUUGCAUCCUUUAAUCCAUUCCUUUAUUUCUAUGAAGAUGUUGUAAACUUUGCAUUGAAAGAUCAAACUCCGUUCCUGAACACUUUGAUGCCUCCAGCUGGUCAGAAAUGUCCAGACGACAUGUUUCUGUUUUCAUGGAGGAUUUUUAAGCUUCUGUUUCUAUCCGGACAUUUUACUGGAAUUCCUCUAGCAUCCUGCCGUCCAGGUUUGAUGCGUUUAGACGGCUGCAGCUCUUUGGAACGUCUUCCCAUGAUGGGAUGCCAUCACUGAGGAGCAGCCCCUCGACCGUCAGAGGUUCCUCCGGAGCCGCCGGCGUCCACCAAUGAAGUUAGCUGUGAUGCCAGGGACUCCUCAUAAGUGAAUAAUUGAUGCUUCAAGGGAAGUUUGGCAGCAUUUGAAACAAUAAAGAGAAGGUUUUAAACAUG